CGGUUUAUGCGCAUGCGAAUCGAAAGAAGAAGUAAAUUUCUGAAGGACAAAAUGGCGACAGGUGGGAGUGAAGUAACCUCUGAUGAAAUAUUUAACUUCAAAUGUUCUGCUUGCGAUAAGCUGAAUAAGAACAGGGAGGCUGUGAAGUACUGUGUGGAAUGUCAGGGAUAUUGUUGCCAGUCGUGUGUGGACAUGCACCGUGCUUUCCCGGCUUUAAUUGGUCAUAGCCUGUUGGACAAGACAAGUUUUAAUUCCGCUACUUUCACCACAGAUCUACCAGAGGUACCGACAGUUAGAUGUGACUACCACGAGACAAAGAUUGUGGAUAUGUACUGUGAAAACCAUGACGUGGUCGGAUGUACAACUUGCAUGGCGUUAAACCACAGAAGCUGCAAAGACGUCCACUCUAUACCUGAUGUUAUUGAGACGACAUUUCAGAGAUUGGAUGUUGAUACAACGGUUCAAAAGUUGUUAGAUACGAAGACCACGAUGACCAAAAUGAAGGAAUCUAAAAAAAUCUUUUUACAAGAGUUACUGAAAUCUAAGACAAAAGCUAUAAAUGCCAUCAAGAAAUACCGACGAGAAAUGGAAAUACUGCUUGAAAAUAUGGAAAAAGAGUCAAUAAUGGAAGUCGAGAAGAAAUUUGGUGAAAUAGAAUGUAUUCUGAACCAAGAGAAAAACAAAGCAGAAAAGGAAGAAGAUACAUUGAAACGAGAUGCUGGUAACUUACAGAAGUCAGACGGAAAUCGAGCUCAACAAUUCGUCUAUAUGAAAACUGCCCAGACGAAAUUUGCUGAAACUGAGACUGUGUUGCGUUCACUUGAGGAGCGCAAUGAUACAACGUUAUCUUUUGUAGAAAGUCCUGAUAUACGGAAGUUCUUGCAAAACGUAAAGACCUUAGGUACCGUCAAAAGUCCUCGUCCCACUCCUUGCCAACCAAAAACGACCUUAUACACAGUCAAUAACAGCCGGUCAAUCAAUGUUAAAACAUCAAGUGACACACCCCGUUGUGAUGUCCGUGGUUCUUGUUUCACAGAGAAUGGUUUUCUUCUUCUUGCUGACUACAGCAAUAAAAAACUCAAACGAGUAGACAUUGUAAAAAUGUCAGUUGUCGACCAAUGUGACCUUUCAUCUGGACCGAAUGGCGUCUGCAGUAUAAAUAAGCAGGAAGUAGCAGUAAGUUUAUACAACAAGAGCAUCCAGUUCGUGUCAUUGGAUAACCAAAUGUACUGUACACGGCAGAUUAAACUAGACCAUGCAGCUUUCGGAGUUGCUUACAAAGAGAAAAUACUGUACAUUACUGACAACUUUAAUUCACAUUCACUUUUCAUACAUGAUAUGACGGGCAACCUGCUGCAGACAGUAUCCAGUGACGGUUACAGGAAUAUAUUUAAAAACUGUUGGCACCUUGCGUUCUCUGAUGAUGGUGAUACUUUGUUUGUAACUACCUAUGAUGGUAUAGUAACUCUUAACGCAAAGGGACAGGUAAAAUCAUAUUAUGAUGCAAAGUUAAACAACGUUAUUGGAGUUUGUACAGACAAAAGAGGAAAUAUCUUUGCAAGUGCAUAUGGUUCAAGCAAAAUCAAACAGGUAGAACAAGGGGGAAUGAAGGAGCUUGGCGUGAUCGCUCAAGGUUCUGACGGAGUGAAUAAACCAUAUUCCGUUUGUUUCGAUCCAUGUCAGAAUUUAUUAGUUGUUACCCAAUACGAUACUGACAAUAUUGUACUCUUUGAAUUGCAGUGAUUAAAAAUAACUGAGUGUCAACAUGGAAGUUAAAUUCAAAUGUCAUUACCUUUCUAGAUAUAAAGUGUUUUGUGGUGUUUAAGUGUGCGGUAGCCGAAGGGAAUUACAUAUCCAGAUACUAGUAACUAUAAAUAGUUCAGUUUUUUAAAACUGACACAAGGGAAUAUUUACACUUCUUUUUCUUUUAUUUUCACUUAUUUGAUACGCUGUUUAAUACUUUUAAAGUAAUACAUGUAGUUCUCAUAAACGACAAAUCGUCAACUAACGACGGUUAUUGGGAUAGCAAACGCUUUAUGACACAUCGCAACGCACAUUGUCUUCGUGUAAAUUGGUCGGGGGAUGCAUGUUUUUCAUAAGACGUCGUGAAACUUGAAGACCGAGAGCGAUGUGUCCUCAGGAAUGCUCCAUCCUAACUCUCUAAAACAAUCAAGGGAAUUAGUAUACAUCAGAUGCAUAUAGUUUCAUUUAUAGAAACACGUUUCGAUUUUGGUUAUUAAACAAAGAUAGCAACUAAAUAUAUAUUAUAUUCACACUUACUGGGAUUUUAUUGAUAAGAAUCUAGUCCAUAAUGUGACAGAAAAAUUUCAAAAAUGUUAAUGCCAGUUGAAAAUUGCAUAAUCUAGACAGGCUGAAAAUGCAAAACAAGUAUUUUAUGAAAUGAUGGAUAGUCUACGAAUAUAAAUUUUGGAGAUUUUCAGCGAUAACGAAAAAUAUCUAUGAAAGAAAUACGUUGCUUUUUCAAUAAAUGAUCAUUUUCA